UGAAGAUCUAAUCCACGAGCAACGACAAAUUCUAACUCAAAAUGACUAUCGGUCAUUUUACUUUGCAAGGAAUUAUUUUAAUUUAGAGCCUCGUUAUUGGGUAUCUGUAUCUAGAAAGAAUACAUAGAAAAACACGCUUUCACAACCCUCACCUGUGGUUAAUCACCCUCGCCCGGAAGACUGUUUUAUGAGGAAAUCACUAGCCAUGCUGAUGAAGACAAACAUUUUGUCGCCGUUUGACGUGGAAGCGACACUGAGGCCAGGAGAACAUUUGCGCUUUGAUAAAAUUCGUUGAAAUCAACAAAAACAAUUAAUUUGGCUCCAAACUGGCGUUUUGGGCUAUGGAGCCAACCAGAGUCGAGGGGACGUUGUGGAAUAUUUUGUACUAUAUCACCGGGGCCGUCAACAGAUUCCUCAGGCCGGAACCUUCAAAUAUCUUCGGCGAUGAUCCGCAGCAGGACUCCACCAUAGGAAGCGGUUCUAGUGGUGAUGGUCCCACCACUGCAGGUAUCUGUAAGGACCACUCUGACACUGCGGCAUGUCAUCGAAAUGUAUCUGUGCCAGAUUGGGCUGGUGAAGAAACCCUGAAGACGGAAAGCAAAGCACAAUUGCCCGAUUCUGAAAGGAAAUUUGCAACAAUGUUCUUUAAUGUGUCGAAGUUAAGUCUGACAGAGAAGACUGUAGGGGACCUUGAAAUUUCAAGCAGACCAAAGACAGAAGAAAAGGAAGAAAAUGCAGAUGGUCUGAAAUUUGAAGUUGGACCACAAUCUGAAGGGUUCGAGGAGGAACAUCAAGAACACGGCGUUCAUGAGCAAUCUGUUGUGACGACGGCUGAACCUGAACAGGGAAAGAAAGUAGAGCUUUUUAAUAUGGACAAUGACAUUUGCAAAGCAGAAGUACUCUCUGCGGUACCGGUAGAGCCCCACAUCGAGACCGCACAGGAAAUUGAAGGAACCUUUGAAAAUAUGCCCUUGAGUGUAUGUGAUGUGUCUCAGCAGCUACAUAUUCUAACCUGUGAGGAGCCACUUAUUGAACAGAACAGUGAAGCUUUUCAAAAUGAAACUGAAACACAAACAUUCAUGAAUGUACCUUUUGACCAAAGACAUAAGACUGAAGACAUUCAGGAAGGAGUUGAAAAAACUGUCAAAUUCUCUUGUGAAAAACCCUUUGAGCAAGAAUGGAAGAUGGGGACGCUUACUGGAUCAUCAAUAGCCAAAGAAGAGAGUGAAAACAUAAAUGAUACAGAAGAACAAGCGGAGGGGAUCGUAAACGGUGAAACUGAUGGAGCUGUUGAGGAGGUGAAUGAAGUGUUCAAAGACUCCGCAACCAUUGCGGAUCCUGUGAUAAACACAGAGGAAAUAAUGCUCUGUUCAAUCAGCCAAAAUCAAGAUGCAAUUCCUGAAGAUACCCUCAACUUGGGGAUACAACCUGCUUCAUCAGAAGAGACCGUUGAGUCCAAAGAAGACAAGAUAUCCAGGAGGAAUCAAUCUUUGCAAAAAAGAGAGCAGCAAGCAAGGUCCGAGACGGAAAGCUUCAUCGAAAUAUCGUCACCCGAGUUGGGAUUCUCGGAGCAGGCGUUUUGGGAUCAAAAAGGAGCAACGAGAGCCAACUCGUCUUCUGACGUUCUUCAAGCUAGCGUACAAAAUGUUCUUGAGUUGAGCGCAUGGGAAAUUUUAAAGACUGAUUCCGAGUUGCCUACAAGUGACUCGGAAGAGUCGCAAGAGGAGCUUUUAACGCUUUCUGGUGAAACCGUUAAAACAAAAAGUUCUCUGUCGUUGGGUGAAGCGGACAAGCCAAAGUGUGAAGGUGACACUCAGGUGAGCAGCUUUGCGUUGAAUUUUGCUCCUCAAAGGGCAAGAAUCGCUGUUAAAAAUCCCCAUGCAAGGCCACCAAAAGACCGACGCUCGCUUCUCCUGAGACCCUCAGUUGAACCUGAAAGCGCUCCGCCAGCAUCCAAAAUGGCAGCAGGUGUUCAUAUCAUGGGAAAUCUGGGAUCGGGGAUCAAAGUGCCUGGGCUUCCUGUUUUGAGAAAAUUACCAAAGACGGAAGCAGAGCUCCAACUAGUGCCAGAGGCUGAUGCAACCAAACAAGCUGAGAUGCCACAAAAACUCAAAUGGAUCCCACCAAGACAAACAGGAUUUGGGAAUCCAUUCAUGUCAGAGCUCAAGACCAAAUUAAAGAAGGCCACCAGCAACUGAGUGCAGUUGUACUUUUUGUGAAUAUCUGCAUAUAUAUGAAAUGUCAAAAUUAAUUAUUGGCGAUUUGAUUUUGUUGUCUUGAUGAUGUUAUAUCGUAUAAUAAGCAUAAUAAAACUGAUAAUCGGUAUGCA